AACAACGUCAUUCUUUUUUUCCGAAAUCAACGUUCAACUUGUCAAACAUCUCUCGUCCUGAAGUUCCUAUUGACAAUCACGAAUUCAGUUGAUUUCCGAUCAUCCGAAAAAAUUGCAAGACGACUGAGGCCUUGUUGUGUGCCCCACUGUCGUGUUUUGCCACCGCCAUCGCUAUCCCCCAUCGCGGUUAAAAAUUGACGACGCGCACAUCGCAUCCGCCCUAUACUCUCUUGACAACUUCGAGAAAGAUUUGCUACUACCAUUCCAACCUCUACGAUUUACGUCGAAAUCCGUUUUAUUUCAUAAUGGCUGUCGAAGUAGUCAUGAACACGCCGUUGGCGGAUGCGCUUAACAUGGCCAUACAGCCGAAGUUGGUAGAAGUAGGAUGGGCAUCAGGCGGCGCUGAAGAUGGCGCGUUAUCCGAAUAUAUCAUUUUGAUGCUGGUCAAUAGAAAGACGCAAGAUCAAAUCGCUGCUGAACUUGCUGGAGAUCUUCUAAGCCUUGGUCCUGAUGACCCAGGUGCUCGAGAUUUUGCGAAGUGGCUCUUUGACGAGAUUGAGUCUCUUAACUCUCAACUGAACGGGGGUUCGGGUCAAUUGGAAAGUGCCACUAGCGAGGCUUUGCAGAACCCUGCUCCUUCCGCAGACCAGGACGCGGACAUAACGAUGUCACUCGACGGUCCCGAGCUAAACGCUCCCACAGGACCUAGAUCUAUGAGGAAUGGCGGUGCGCGAGGUGGCCGAGAGAAAAGGAUGCUUGGUCAAAUGGCUAAGGCUAUGGACCGUAGCCAUGAUAACGUCUUGCACCGUGUCCGAGCCAACGGCAACGAACGUAUCAAUACUCAUCGAGCGCCACCUACCGGACCAAGAGGCGGCGGUUUCGGGCGCGGAAAUCCUCGCAUGACUAGCAAUCGUGGUGCUGGAUUUGCCGCGCACCUUAACCAAGCCGUUGGAAACAUGUCUCCUCAGAUGCAAGGUCCUCCUCCCGCAAUGAAUGGCAUGGGUGAUAUGAGUUGGAUGAUACCCGGCGCCCAGGAUCAGCUAUUCCAGAUGAUUCAACAACAGAAUCAGAUGAUGCAGCAAAUGCAACAACAAUUGAACCAACAAACCCAGACUGCGGGUGGCCGACCCCACGGACGGUCUCUCUUCGAUCGCGUGCAAAGCCCGCGAGGAGGUAGACGAGGAGGGCAUGCCAAUGGACAUCGCCCGCACCAGACAGAUCCCGCAAGCUCUAACGGAGCCACAGGUGAUGAGGACAUCGACAUGGCUCAGGCUAGACGCGACCCGCCUAACCCCGACACAACGGUUUGCAAGUACAACUUGGCCUGCACGAAUAAAGAUUGCAAAUUUGCUCACCAAUCCCCUGCGGCACCGCCCAAUACCACGGUUGACAUCUCGGACGUAUGCACAUACGGCGCCGCGUGCAAAAACCGCAAGUGCGUCGGUCGUCAUCCGUCCCCAGCAACCAGGCGAGCACACCAGAACGAACAAGAGUGCAAGUUCUUCCCCAAUUGCGCCAACAUGAACUGUCCGUUUAAGCACCCAGACAUGCCUCCUUGCCGGAAUGGAGGCGACUGUGUUGUGGAAGGUUGCAAGUUCACGCAUCUCCAGACCAUGUGCAAGUUCUCACCUUGUACCAACCGAUUCUGUCCUUACAAACAUGAGGAGGGCCAACGCGGAACGUUCCAGGACAAAGUAUGGACAGCCGGCGGCGCGGGAGGUCACGUUAGCGAACGCAAGUUUGUAGAUGGGGAUGGUCUAGAGGAGCUUAUCGUACCGGGCGGAGAGACAGUCGCGGCUCAAGAGCCAACAGCGAUGGAGGAAGGUACAGCAUAGGGGGAUCUCGAUACGAAAGGUAUGGAUGGAAUUUACGAUCGUGUACUGAGGGCACAAAAGGUGACGAUGGAUCAGUGGUUCCUAGGGAAGGGAAUAGGGGGUUGUGAAGGGCUCACAAUUCUAGACUUGGUAUUGCUGCAGGCGUUAGGUUGGUGAUAGGAAAAGGAAACUCAAGGGCUUUCUCAAGGAACUUCGAGCAGCAGUGCAAUAUACCCGAUGCAUUUUGUGAUUUGCCAAA